AUGCAGUACCGUAUCGGUAAAAAGAUCGGCUCUGGCUCGUUUGGUGAUAUUUACCUGGGUGUGAAUAUCAUCAGUGGUGAAGAAGUAGCUAUCAAGCUUGAAUCGGUGAAGGCAAAGCACCCUCAGUUGGAGUACGAGGCCAAGGUAUACAAAACGUUGGCUGGCGGUGUUGGUGUGCCAUUCGUCCGGUGGUACGGCCAGGAAUGCGAUUAUAAUGCCAUGGUAAUUGAUCUUUUGGGUCCUUCGCUGGAGGACCUGUUCAACUUUUGCAACCGACGAUUCUCUCUGAAAACAGUGUUGCUGUUGGCUGACCAGAUGAUUUCGCGCGUGGAGUACAUCCACUCCCGCAACUUUAUUCACCGUGAUAUCAAGCCUGACAAUUUUCUCAUGGGCAUUGGAAAGCGGGGUAACCAGGUCAAUGUCAUUGACUUUGGUCUGGCCAAGAAAUAUCGUGACCCGAAAACUCACUUGCACAUUCCUUACCGUGAGAACAAAAACUUGACAGGCACAGCACGAUACACCUCUAUUAACACGCACUUGGGUGUAGAGCAAUCUCGCCGUGAUGACUUGGAAUCUCUUGGUUACGUCUUGAUGUACUUCUUGCGUGGCUCGCUACCAUGGCAAGGUCUCAAGGCUGCGACGAAGAAACAAAAGUACGAGCGCAUUAUGGAGAAGAAGAUGAUGACGCCAACGGAAUCGCUCUGCCGUGGCUUCCCUACCGAGAUGGCUAUAUACCUCAACUGUUGUCGUUCCCUCCGGUUCGAUGACCGGCCGGAUUACAGUUACCUUCGCAAGCUUUUCCGUGACUUGUUUGUGCGUGAGGGAUACCAGUAUGACUAUGUAUACGACUGGAGCAUCCAACCGCGGGACCGGGGGGAGCAUCCCUCUCGUGGUCUCCCUGCCCCAGGCCCGCAGGGACAAGAUGAGCAGGCAAAAGCGGCCGCGGCUGCUGGACAGACCCCUCGCCGCAAGGUGUUGCCCAAUGAUCAGGUGUUGGGCAACGAGUCGCCAGCCCGUGGCUCAGCGCCAAUGGGUGGCGACUAUGGCCGCCCUGUGCCAGCGGGCAUGCCCAUGGACCGUGCUGGCGCCCAUGACCCGUCGAUGGUGGCCAAUGUAUCUGGCCAAGUGUCUAGCAGCAAUGUCCCUCAAGGCUACAUGGGGGGACAACACGUUAAUGAGGCUGAUUGGCACUAA